CAAGGUGCUUUGCUGCCGGAAUGGCUGCCUCCAGCCGAUGGGGGCUUGGGCUGUUUCGGGGGGUCGUAGGGGUCUGGAAACAGGGUCCCGACUCCGUGAGGGAAUGGGUGGCCCCGAUCCGCCCCCUUCUAGGCUGUCAGAGGAGGUGCGUGUCUUGUGUUGUGGGCACUACUUUCUCCGGUCCCCGCCUGGCUCCUGCCUCUCGCCGUUUUGGCCAAGGCUCAGCCCUCGACCGCCUCCUCGGAAUCCCCCAGCCUGAUAGCUCACGGAUUCCUCGUGUCCCAGCCGUGUCGAUGAGCAAAGAUGAGCAGGAUCAACUCUUGGUUCAUUCCCCUAACAUGCCUGAGAACUCCCGGGUCCUACGAGUGGUCAUCCUGGGAGCCCCAAAUGCAGGGAAGUCAACGCUCUCCAACCAGCUGCUGGGCAGAAAAGUAUUCCCUGUGUCCAAGAAAGUUCACACCACUCGCUGCCAAGCUCUGGGGGUCAUCACAGAGAAAGAGGCUCAGGUGAUUCUACUUGACACACCUGGCAUCAUCAGUCCUGUUAAAAAGAAGAGGCACCAUCUGGAGAGCUCUUUGUUGGAAGACCCAUGGAAGAGCAUGGAAUCUGCUGAUCUUGUUGUAGUUCUUGUGGAUGUUUCAGAUAAGUGGACUCGGAAUCAGCUCAACCGCCAGGUGCUCCGAUGCCUGACCCAGUUCUCCCAGGUCCCCAGUGUCCUUGUCUUGAACAAGGUAGAUUGCCUGAAGCAGAAGUCAGUUCUCCUGGAGCUCACAGCAGCCCUCACUGAGGGAGUAGUCAACGGCAAGAAGCUCAAUAUGAGGCAGGCCUUCCGCUCAUAUCCUGGCACCCAUUGCCCCAGCCCAGCUGCUAAGGACUUGGACUCAAACACACAGUCUGUGGGAGAGACAGAGAGGAUUGGCUGGCCCCAUUUCCAGGAGAUCUUCAUGUUGUCAGCCCUAAGCCAGGAGGAUGUGAACAUACUAAAGCAAUACCUCUUGGCACAGGCCCAGCCAGGGCCCUGGGAGUUCCAUAGUGAAGUCCUCACUAGCCAGACACCUGAAGAGAUCUGUGUCAACAAAAUCCGAGAGAAACUCCUAGAGUACCUACCAGAGGAGGUGCCCUAUGGUGUGCAACAGAAGACAGUGUUAUGGGAGGAAGGACCGAAUGGGGAGCUGUUGAUCCAACAGAACCUUCUGGUACCCAAAGAAUCUCAUAUGAGAAUCCUAAUUGGUAAAAAGGGCCAAGUGAUCUCCCAGAUUGCACAGGAGGUUAGCUGGGACCUCAUGGACAUCUUCCUCUGUGACGUUCGCAUCAUCCUCUCUGUGAAGCUCCUCAAGUGAACACCUUCUGCUGCCCCUCGCAGGGCAUCACAGCUCAAGCUGCUGGCAGGAGGCAUAGACUAUGACUGCCUGCAGGGCCUGGUGCAGAACAUGGACACUGACUAGCUACUGUUUGUCCUGGCUUUGCUGAGUCUGCACAUCCCAGCAAUGUCUCCUUUGAGGAAAGAACCUGCCUUAGUUCAAUUCUUGUGUAAUUCCUCUGCCCGGGCCCCCAGGGGAAGCAGUACCUCUAUUCCACAGGUCACAUUGGGCCCAGAGUCUACUACCUUGAUAUUCUGAUUGUUAGUAAGGAAGAGUUCUGUCUCUUCUCCCCUCAGUUCCAUCACUUUGAAGUGAUAUAAAAACGUGUGGUUGGUUUUUGUUUUUGGGGUGUGUGUG